AUGGCUUCUGGAUCUGAUGUCAAAGUCGAAUUCGACCCCAAGAACAUGCUUUUCCGCAGACUCGGUCCUAGUGGUCUCCGAGUCCCUGUUUUCUCGCUUGGUGGAUGGCUUACUCUUGGUGGAACUGUGAUUGGUGACCCAGUGAAGGACAUAAUAAAAAUCGCCUUCGACAAUGGUAUCAACAUGUUCGAUACCGCAGAGGCUUACGCAAAAGGCAGGUCCGAGGUGGAAAUGGGUCGUGUGAUUAAGGAGCUCGGCCUCCGCCGGACAGAUCUUAUUGUCACUACCAAACUAUUCUGGGGUUUGCGCUCUGGUCCCAAUGAUGGUGGUCUUUCGAGGAAACAUAUUAUCGAGGGAACUAAGGAGUGUCUCGAGCGCCUUGGUCUUGACUAUGUUGAUGUUAUCUUUGCGCACCGCCCAGAUGUCUCGGUCCCCAUGGAAGAGACAGUUCGCGCAUUCAACUGGGUGAUUGAGAAGGGCUGGGCAUUCUACUGGGCAACGUCAGAAUGGUCUGCAUACGAGAUUGAGGAGGCGCAGCACAUUGCUACGAAGCUUGGACUUAUUGGGCCUAUUGCCGAGCAAUGUCAACACAACAUGUUCCAUCGCGAGCGCCCCGAGAAGGAGUACCGACCUUUGUACAAGAAAUACCAGCUGGGCACCACUGUAUUCUCCGCUCUUGCUAGCGGUCUUCUUACUGGAAAGUACAACGCCGGUAUCCCCGAGGGAACCCGUUUCUCGACACACUCCAACUUUUUCAAGGGCACAGUUGAAAGUUUGCAGAAGGAGGAGGGUCUCACGAAGAUUCGCAAGGUCGAUGAGUUAAGCGCACUCGCAGAAAAAGAGCUUGGAUGCACCAUCACGCACCUGGCACUCGCGUGGGUCGCAAAGAACCCGAACACCAGCACUGUUAUCCUCGGAGCCUCAAAACCUGAGCAGGUCCUUGAUAACUUGAAGGCUCUCGAUGUCAUUCCCAAACUCACCCCUGAGAUAAUGGAUAAAAUUGAGGCAAUUCUGGAGAAUCAACCAGCUGCCUCGCCAACGUUUGGUCGCCCGGCACUGGAUCCCAACGGCCGUCUGUGAGAAGAGAAGGUUGAUCCACCUCAUGUUCGGAAGAUAAAUUCCCAGUAUCAAUAGUGUCGAUGUGUUACAGGAGUGCCCGUGAUUCGAUGGCCCAUGUGAACAUGAAAAAUUUGAGUUCGCCUUGCCAUGAGGUGGGG